AUGCCUUCUGUACGGCUACCCUUGUAUUAUCGCCUGCUGUUUCCUGAUCUCGUAGAAGCAAGGAAUCGUUCGGGUUUAAUUGAUGCUCCUCCUAGAAUAACUCAAUCAGCCAAAAUCGACCAGGAACUGUACACAUAUCUAGCACUCAUUGUACGAGAUUUCAUUCAACCAUGGUACCUUGCUAUCACUCUGGAUAAUGGACUUCCUUCUGAAGUAACAAGGAUUGUAACGCAUUGCUGUCGCGAGAUAGAACUACGUUGUCAAAAGAUCGAUGUAGUCGAACUUAUUUUGAAGUCGUUUCCAACACUAUUGACGCAGCAUUAUUUGGAUUAUCACCAAGCUGUUGAUAAGCUACACUUAAAUCACGGUGGAGGCUCCGCGACUGAGCUUGAAAGCCUAUUUCAUGGAUUACAACCGCACUUUGCAAUCGAACAUGAGAAAGAGUACGUGAAGCAGCUUUCUGACCACUUGCUCAAAUCCCUAUUACCAAAAGACGAAUAUGAUAGCGACUGUGUUCGUUACCUUGUAAGAGAUAUUCUUAACAUGGUUUUGACGAUUAUUAUUGCGCGCUUGAGUGAUCCAUGGACAAUCAACACAAUUGUUUCCAAGCUUCUUUCUCAUUACGAUGAGAGAUUACUGAAACUGCAAGCUCCAGGCGAAAUAUGGGCCCCAAUACAAAGCGAUCAGCCUAAAGAAGACACUGAAAGUAAACCUAUUUCGACAACUGGUGGAUCCACUAGCAUAGAUCCCACUGGUAUAGUAACAUCUCUUCAAGAGACACAGAAAACCACCCUUUCCCCUCAGUUACGACACCGACACAUCCACUCAAGACAGAAUUCUGAUGUACAAAAGCAAGAACUGACGGCCUCGCCAAGCCCCAGGCGAUUUACACCUCUUAGCACGUUAGAGGAACAAGGCGAUGAGCUAGCACAAGCAACUUUACCUCAACCCGAAAAACCUCCAAGAAGAUACUCCAUGCGCUUCAUAUCCCUACAAGUUAUACUCGCGCCACUUCAAAAUAUGUGGUUCUACAUCAUAUCUUUGCUAACCCUAUCGCAAGAAAGGUACCAACAUGUUGUGCGACAGCGAAAGAAGAGUCGCCAUGUAAGGCUAGAAGACCCAGUUCUUCGAUUCACUGAAGUAGCGUUUUGUGUGGAAGACAGACCUGUCGUUCUGUGGGCUUGGCGAAUGGUUGGGAUGUUUAUCUGGCCGAUAGCUCGCAUACUUGGAGGCGGCGUCUUCACUGACAAGUUUUUGGAGCAAUCUGUAUAUCAUCUUUUGUCAGAACAGCGACUGGUAUACUAUAUGCAGAUUGGGAGAGAGACAUUAUGGCCAGGCGGUAAAUUCGUAACAGCUGGAACAUUGCCAACGGAAGAGGAACAGAAUGCCUUGCGCAUACAAGCGGAAAGAAAGCUCGUUUUGGCCAUCCCAGAUAUCGUCGAGCGUGUGCUUUUCGAAACAUCCGACAUUAAUGUCCAUCAACAAUGUAUGAGCCAAGCGCUGGCUCCUCUUCAGAACCCUUACAUUAAUAAGCAUCUUGUAUUCUACAUGGUAGACCUAAUUGUUUCCACUGUCUUCCCCGAAUUAGCCUAUAAUCCCGUUAAAGCUACAUGA